AGGUUCAGAGGGCAGAUACCACCAAAAGUUUCAGUCUCGGGUCCAGGCCGCGAUUCCAGAGAAGUUUUUUUGCUGUUCUCCUAGAUCCUGCUGUCCGUCCAAGGCCGGCUGAAGGGCCAAGGCUACACAUCAUGAGCUAUCUAGUACUAAGUUUCAAGUGUACGUGGCUAUAAAAGCAUUGAGUCUAAAAUAAAUGGAGAACUACCUUCUGUGUGGUGAGCUCCAGUCCCAAGAGGAGGGUGUCUCUGCCUGGCCCACCCCGGUCAGCCUCGUGUACAAGGGACGGAGGAAGGGAAGUGUGCAGUUUGUGGGGAUAGGGAAAUACGACAAGCAAGACAAGAAAUACAUCGAGAAUGGAGUACAGCUGAUGCAUUCUUUGGAUCACGAGAACGUGCUCAAGUUCAGUGAAUGGUACGAGACUCCACAGCACAUCUGGGUCAUCACAGAGCUGGCCAUCGGAGGCACCCUCUCUCACAUACUGCACCAAGAUGGCUGCAUUCCCAGCCCUAAUAUCCACGACUUUGUCCGGGACAUUGCAGCUGGACUGACCUACAUUCACUCCAGGGGGGUGCUCUAUUGUGACCUGCAGCCCUCCAAGAUUGUACUGGAUGGCCGUCAGCUACUGAAACUCAGCGACUUCACGCUAGCCCAGACAAUGGCUGACUGCCAUAACCAUUACAACCUCACGUCACUUGUAAACACAUUACUGACGCCCUCGGGAAAAGACCACCCUCUAAAAUACGCCCCCUCACCAUUCUACGCUGCUCCUGAGUUGUUUGUUGAUGGUGGACAGUUUUCAACAGCCAGUGACCUGUGGUCUCUAGGCUGCAUCGUGUAUGAGCUGAGUCUAGGUUGCAAACCAUUUGAUAGCAAUGACCCUGACCUGCUACUCCAGUCUAUCUCGUGCAUACAACCAAACGCUGUGGUACAGUCUCCAGAAACAGCUCAACUAUUAUCAAACCUCCUCACAGGGGAACCUAGUCAUCGGACUACACCGCCUCAGUAUACAUGACUCUUCUAUGUGUUCAUUGCUUCAUCGCUUUCAAUGUGCGUAUGAAUCUUCCUUAAGAGCAUUUUAUCACUUACUAAAUUUGUCUAUUUUGAUCCACAGUUUGUUACAUGGUAUUUAGUUAUGAA